AUGCAGUGGAUUUCGACCUUAGUCAACUUAUUCCCAAAACAUUGGGCUAAAAGUCUCCCAGCUGAGGAUCUCUCUGCUGAAAGUGAGAUUAAUGAAGGCACCGACGUUGGUACUUGCACGGGCACUCCUGAAAACAUCAAUGAAGAUGUCUCGAAAGAAGCAUUUGAUUUGGAAGAAGGUUUUCAAAGUGUGCAAGUGAACAUCCAUGGAGCUUUGAUUGUGUUCAAGUUCAUGAUGAUUCGAAUUGUCUGGUACGCUUGUUUCGACAACGCCAUGCGAAUUCUUAAUGCGGAUGAUAGAUCACAGUUUGUGGAAAGUACUCAAGCUUUCCAACUGGUGGUUUUCAAUGGAUUUAGACUGCUUGUCAGCUUACACGAGGAGAUCAUGCGGACUAUCCGCUGUAUGGCACUCGGCCUAAUGCACCCAACAUCAUACUGUGCCGAAAUGAUUAUGAGUUAUCACAGUCUCAGGGAUGAAAUCAACAGUUUUGCAUCCAUUGAGUAUCCUGACAAUGCUUGGGGUGCUCAGGCGAGCCACCUUAGGAAUGAAGUGAUCCGUAAAUUUAACGAGGAUACUCAACUGGUGAUAUACUACUGCGGUUAUAUGAUACCGAGCUUCUGGGAAAUGGCUAUCGCAAGGCUGAAAUUGCACAUGGAGCUCGCGUGGGAAAAAGUAGGAACCCUUUAUUGUUUCGUGUUUACUUUGCUAUGGGUUCUCCUGACUAUUCCCACAGAAUUAGUGAGUUCUGCGCUGGAAAUAGCAACGACAUCUCUUUCCCAAAACAUGGCCGUGAGCGAUCUGGAACCUCCCUUCAUGUAUUACAGAACUGUGCCAUGGGAGAAUUGGACAAGCACACAAACACUCUGGAUGUGCCUUGUAUCAGGUCUCGCUUUACUUCUCUUGACCACGUUGAUUCUUCUCUUCGUCAAACCUGCCUUCUUUCAGAGGAUUAAGAAUUCAUUUAGUAAGACAACAAGAACCGCAUAUGCAAGAUGGAAGAGUAUCGGAAAGUCCCUCGAAGGACCUUGGCCUAAGGACAUCUCAAAAGAGGAUUUCGCCUCGGUCGGCGCUUAUAGGCCUUCGGUCGUAGGUAUUCAUUUGGAGUCUGUUUACAAAGCUAGGCUCGAUGAAGUGGAGAUCAACACUUGCUGGGUAACAGUGCCCGUGGAGGACGUUUAUAGCGACGAUCCGCCACCAAUGAGAAGGGCUCCCCCAGGGCUCCAAACGCAAGCUCACACCACGGAGCCCUAG